CUUGGCGUGAGAAAUGUUUAUAGUUUUUUAUUCUUUUCGUAAGAAUUUAAACUUUAUUUAGCGUAUUUCUGUAGUUUUGGUUUUAGUAUCGGCUUCUAUAGUUGAAUUUUAUGUUCAGCUGCUUAUUUUUGAAAAUUCACAUGGAUUUAGGCUCAGGAAUACCUGGCGACGGUAGGUGUUUGUUCCGUUCAGUAGUUCGUGGAGCACAUUUGAGAGAAGGAAAGCCGUCGCCAUGCGAAAGCCAUGAAAGAGAACUUGCUGAUGAGCUUAGAGCAAAAGUUGCCGAUGAAUUUAUCAAGAGGCGGGCAGAUAGUGAAUGGUUUGUGGAAGGUGAUUUUGAUACUUACGUUAGACACAUGCGACAACCCCAAGUCUGGGGAGGGGAACCUGAGCUGCUCAUGUCGUCACAUGUUCUACAGGCACCCAUAACAGUUCACAUGUGGGAUAAGAAGACCAAUUGCCUCAAAAUUAUAGCUGAAUAUGGGCAAGAAUAUGGGAAGGAAAGUCCAAUUCGCGUGCUGUAUCAUGGUUAUGGUCACUACGAUGCAUUACAGAGCCCUUUUGGUAGUCCAAAGUCAAAACUCUCAAGAGGAAGGAGUGGGGCGUUUUUGUUUGUUUUUGAAGGAGUGAUAAGUAUCUGGAGCUGGCUGAUGGAAAAUCUAGGCUGCUGGUGGAUUUGCAGCUGCUGCAAGGACCUGAUCAAACAACAAAGAGCUGUCAUUCAAUAUCUGAUAGGCUGAAAAUGUAAUAAGGAUGCAGCUGUGGCCUGCCCUUUCUUUCCUCCAACAUAGGUGAGCUUAAUCGGGGGUCUACCAAGGAGUCCAUAUCGUCUUUUUAUUUUUUCAACAACCACAAACUAGACAGUUUCCAUGUAAGUUUUAAGUGAGCUACAUGAAUUCUUUUCUCCACUUUAUUCUCUAUGUAAAGAACCAACGCAUCAAAACAUUUGCAACCACAUUAGGCAGAAGUUAACUUUGUUUCACCUCUCCUACUAGCGUUAAUUUAUCCCUUGACAUUCACUGAAUUUCUCAUGUCGCUUUUCUCAAAAAAAUGUCAAAUUAACAGGUGCAAAUGAAGUUUAGCCUUGUCUUUAGUUCUCUCUGUGCUGAAUGUGGCUCCUGAUUAUUAUUGUUUUUAACAUUUCUUGUUCUACAUCUACAAUGUGGCCUUUUCACUCAAAGAUUAGCUUGAUUUAGAAUUGUUUAUCUUUUCUUUUUCAAGUUGCAUGGUAUGAUGCAAAAAAAAAAACGAACUCGUAUGCUUCUACGUGCUAUUCUUGGAUAUUAACUGCUUUCUCCAUAUUUGAUAUAUGUUUAUGAAAUUUGUAUAUGUUUUGAUGUAAGGAACAAUGCAAGCUAUUCUGACCACUAAUUUCUUUUCUUUUUUUUCCCCCCAGGAAUAAGAGAAGGUGAAAGGAAUUAAAAUGGAAUGGUCAUUUUAAUACUAAAAUGAUCUUUUAAUUAAAAAUUUCUUCAGGCUUGUGAAAUUUCAUUGUUUUGGCUCUCUGCAGCACCUGGCUAUUCUCCCUUCAAAGAAUGAAGAUAUGCAAAAUAGGCAAAAAGAAAAGGAGAUUGCUUUCUAUUUCCUUGAAAUUUAAAUCAUAUUAUCAUUUUCUCAAAUUAUUUUA